UUGUUGUCAUUUUGCUUAGUACAAAAAGUAUUAAUUUUUUUCGUUUCAAAUUAAAAAGCAUACAAAUUGUUAUUGUAGCAAAGUUCACACAAGCAGAGAACACACACAACUGAACACACAGACAGGGAAGUGGCAUAAUUAGCGGCAAGCAUAUGAAAAACAAGAGAACACCUUUGCCGCCCCCAAAACAACAGAAAAUACUUCGAAAAGAGGAAGGUCUAAUUGGAUUAUCAGCGAACAGCGACAAAGAGAGGAACACAACGACGUUUUUCCAAUUUACAUUAAGGUCUGGCCCAGCGACGUGAACAAACUGGCCACAGCCACAGUCUCAGGGGCAAGGACAGCAUUUUUACAAGGACAGCGGCGCAGCUCAAAGCCAGAGCCAACAUUUCUCUUGGCCCAUUCAGCUGGAGGCGGAACCUUGUGGAGCAGGAGAAGGAGCAGCAACCACAACGACGACUCUGGCUCUGUUAUGCCCAACGCCUGCCCUGGUACGUGGAAGGAGAAAGACGGCGAUACGCGGGGUCGCUACUGUUGUCGAACGAUACACUGAGGCUGACCUUCGGCCAACGGCUACUGGCCAGUGCUAUGUCCCUGCUGGCACUUGCCCAAGCCUCCACCUCAGCUUCCGCUUCCACCUCGAGCUCCAGCGACACGGAACUCGAUGCCCAGGUCGAUUUCUCGACCAUGCUAAUGCACCGCCAGCGCGAGUACAGUGGCUGGUUUGGUUGCGGCACAAAAAUGCAGCCAGAGCCAACGGAUCAGGGCUACUAUCUCGAGCAGUAUGUGCUCGGUGUGCUCGAUUUCAGCUCGCAAUAUGGCAUCGAGUACAGCAUAUCGUAUACGGCGGCCAAUGUCGUUGGCAGGCCAUCAAAAUUCCCUGCCUACGGCGACUACCCAGAGACCUUCACCAUGCGCACCUACGGCGAUUGGUGGCAACGUGCGCCAUCGGCCACACAGGAGAUUCAGCCACAAAAUCUACCCAAGCUGGCCACUCACGAUUAUAUUGUGGUGUACUUUGAGGAUUAUGUGGUGCCCACGGAGGUGGCCAUUUUUGAGACAUUUAAUCCUGGCGCUGUGAUACGCAUCUGGGCAUAUGGUUUGACCAAGCACUGGACAUGCCUAUGGGAGGCCUUGGACACGGAUCUGGCCCCGACCUCACGUAACUCACGACGCUUCGCGCCGCCGCUGCUAAAGACCACCAUGAUAACAAAAACCCUGCGCAUUGAUUUCAAUCACAGCCAACUCAAUUACUACACGGAAAUCGAUGCCAUCAUGCUGUGCGGACGCACCGUGUCGGGGCGCCUCAUUCAGAGCAUUCUGGAGGAGCAGGCGCGCGUCUACAAGCCCCACUCGCCGCUCUCGAAGAUGGGCACUGGCGGACCCAUCAGCUGCAAGCUGCGCACGCUGAAGUUCAAGCCCAACUGCAGGGAGAAAAAUGACACCAGCUUGCACGAAUUCAUUAGCAAUGAUCUGGGCAAAUUUCUUCUGGACAAUCGACAGGAAGAUCCACUGGACACGCCUGCGUGUGGCAUGUGUGUGACAGAUCUGCCAUUCGAGAUCCUCUUGAAAAUACUCAGCUACCUGGACCUGCAGUCGUUAUUUUCUGUGGGCCGCGUGUCGCGCACCUUCUAUGACAUCUCCACGCAUCCACUGCUCUAUGCUGAGCUCAACCUGAAGCCCUAUUGGCCGGUGGCCAGCUCAGAGCUGCUGUGCACGCUGGCACGUCGUGCCACAAUGCUGCGCAAGCUGGAUCUGUCCUGGUGCGGUGGCUUCAACGAAAUCUCACCCACCGAAUUCAAAAAAUUUCUGACCCAGCGCGGCGAUAAUCUAACCCACCUGCGGCUAAACUCUUGUAAAUUUCUAAACGCCAGCUGCAUUGAAAAUGUGGGCAUAGUCUGUGAUAAUCUGAUUGAGUUGAGCCUGCGUAAUUGUGCCACUGAUCCGCCGUUAUUGAACUUCUCGUGUCUGGCAAACCUUAAGAAUUUGGAGCGUCUUGAUCUCUUCCAAACGGCCUUUGACACUGAGCUGCUGCUCAGCAUGCUCGAGGGAAAUCGCAAGCUCAAGCACCUGAAUCUGGCCUUUUGCGGUGUGUCGGUGAACAUGGACGAUGUGGCCGAUCAUCUGGCCACAUAUAACACACAGCUCAUAUCGCUGGAUCUGUGGAAGGCUCACUUUCUGUCCGCCCGCGGACUCUUGGCCAUAUCUCGCUGCCGUCAAUUGGAGGAGCUCGAUUUGGGCUGGUGUCUGCGGGAGGCAUCGCUGGGAGAUGGCUUGUUUCAGCUGCUGUCCAACUGUCCCAAGCUGAGGAAACUCUUUCUGUCGGCGGUGCGUGGCACCACCGAGCGGGAUCUCUUACACAUAGCGACGCUGGGCAAAAAUCUGGAGCAAUUGGAUCUCAUGGGGAUAUUAAAUAUAACGCACGAACGUGUCUUCGACAUUCUGGUGCAUUGCCCCAAGCUGCAGCUGCUGGAUCUGAGUUUCUGUGACAACAUUAUGGAGCGUGAUUUUGAUUUACUGGCGGAAUGGUCGCGUCAGUUUAAGGUGGAUAUCAAGAGCAGCCGCAUCUUCGAUACCAGAUAGGUGAUCACAGGAAAGCAGAGCGGAUCCGCUCAUGGGCAUAUGUACAUACCUUGUAGCUAUUAAUAAUAAUGGAUGUACAAUUUCUACGUGUGUAUGUGGCACCUCUCUCUACUUUCUGUUGCUAGUAUAAUGUUACCUUUAUAAUGUUUAAAACAAAC